AUGAAGAGACAACAGAAGAAAGAACGGUUGAGUAUCCAUCAAGUGCAUGUAUUGCUACAAGACUUGGUGCCCGUGGUGGUGGGACUGCGACCGUCGUGUCUAGUGGACUCUUGUGCAUUGACAAAAGAACUGGCUCAGCUGUUGCUCGACUCUUUCGUCACUGAGAAUGUAUCGAGCCCUCAGCAAUGGUUCUUUGAUCCGAUACAAGUUCGUGCAAUUCUGUUGGAUGGCAACAUCUUUUUUGUAAACGUGGAAGCUUUUGUGCGGGAGAAAAUGGUCCAGUUGGCGACUGGACUGAGUGAAGACAUGUACGUGGAUGUGAGUGCUAGUCUCUCUCUUCCUCGACUCAUUUGCAACAGUUCAGAAUCUGGAAAAGAGAGGUUAAAGGUGUUUGCAGACUGGAUCGUGUUCGCCUGCAGAAGUCUCCUCACGUCGACGUACUCUCGAGUGCUCGAUUGGAAGAGACCCUCGACACUUAAUGCAACUGCAUUGGCAGGUAUACUGUUGUGUUACCCGUGCGUGUACGACAUCUUUGAAGAUAACAAGAUCACGAAGGAAGAUGAUUGGACUGAGCAGAAAAACUCUCUUGCAAUGUGUCCACUCUACCUGUUCCAGAUCAAAGCUCUCAUACCUACUGAGCAGAUGGAAAUAGCAUUGCAAGAAUUCUCCGUGCCUCAGCAUUUACUCGAUCAUGACUUGAAAAAUGAAGCCAAACUUCAUCCACUUGUGAAAAUCCUUCAAGCUCAUUGCAAAUUGAAAUUGCAGCGUGCAAUUAGACGAAGUUGUUUGGUAUCAACCCACGUGCAGCCUCAAGUUCAUGUCAAUAGCAAAAUGCUCCAUCGUGUUGCGCUCUAA